CCGAACUGAACGGCUUCGAUUAAAAAAUAAUAAGUUUAAAUGUUUUUCACCUGCAAGCAAAGAAGCUAUUGCAGAAAUAUUUAAAUCAAUUUAUAGUAUAGACUCUACAUUAAAAGUCGAAGAAACUACACAAGCGCAAAUACGCCGCCAUCCUGCAUUAGUCAAGUUUAUGGAAACUCAUUGCCAAAUGCGUACUUAUAGUUUCCAGGUAAAAAAGUGCAACAAUCCUUCUUGCUUAUAUUGCAAACCAAUCCGUCUUCCACCACAUGAAUUUCGUAAUUUGAGCUUUCUUCCAGAUCCGAUUCUAUCAAAAGAAAAUGCGGACCACUAUGCAGCUUUUCAACAAGUUUAUGGUACUAAAACUACAGAAGAAUUUAGGCCAACAUAUAUUGCGAAAUCAGAGUCAAUUCCAAAAUAUAUUCUAGUUGCUGAAAAAAUCCGAGAUUACAUUAAUUGUGAAAAUUGCCGAAAACGUCGUUGUGUAUAUAGUAACAAGUCUUUAACUGAUGAUGAACAGCGGGAUUACCAACAAGCAUUAGAGUCGUAUUCAUAUUCUUGUGGCGCACCGGUUUUUCCUGAUGAUCAUUAUUUGAUAGAAGUAAUAUUCGUACGUACACAGAUUAAUUGUGACUCACCUAUUGAAAUAUUGUACUAUUCAAGUCGUAAAGCAGGAAAUUAUCCGAUUUGUUAUUACUGUGGAAGUAGAGACGGUUUGGUAACCCCUUCUCAAUCAUUGAAAGAACAGUUCAAGCAAAUUUAUCCGUUAUGUGAAUACUGUCAAAAAAAUCAAAAAGAUUUUCAUACAAAGGGAACGAUUAAAACUAACAAUAAGGCUGCGAAACAUCCUAAUGAAUAA